CUGGAAGCCCCCCCCCCCCCCCCCCCCCCCCCCAAAAAAAAAAAAAAUCCUGAAAACAACAUAUCUUUGUUUCCUGAGUACAGAAGACCACUCCGCCAUGGGAAAUUACGCUCUGCUGGACAUCACUCAAGCUCUGCUGUGGCUCCGUGAAAACAUCGCAAGCUUCGGCGGGGAUCCACAGAAAGUGACCUUAUUUGGGCAUGGCACUGGCGCCGCCAUUGUUAAUCUGUUAAUGCUGUCCCCUUUUAUCUCAGAAAGCCGUGGAAGCUUUUUCCAAAGAGCCAUUAUCCAAAGUGGUUCCGCCCUCAGUUCAUGGGCCGUGGCUUAUGACCCAAAGUGGUGCACAGAAAAACUGGCUACCAACGUCAACUGCUCUCGUCACAUCUCUAACACGCAAGCACUCAUCCACUGUCUCAGGGAACGUAACUAUACAGAACUCAUCAGUUCCGCCCCUGAAGCUCCCAAAUAUUUCUCAUGUUUUGCUCCUUCUAUAGACUGGGCUGUUCUGCCUCAUAAUGUCAAGAGACUGUUGAGGGAGAAGAAUUCUAAAUUUGCUACCGUUCCUGUUAUGUUUGGGAUUACUAAAAACGAAGCAUAUGCCUACUUGAAGCAAGAUGAAAUUAAAAAGGGUAUUUCCGAUUUUCGGAAAACCCAGAUAAUUAGAAGUUAUGUUCAAAAUGUGUUUAGAUAUCAUAGGCAAAAGAUAUAUGAAAUCCUGGAUCAUCAUUAUACAGACUGGACGCAUACUUCUGACCAUAUUUCUAAUCGGGACAAUAUUUUGGAAAUGUUAAGUGAUGGUCAGUAUGUGUCGCCACUGAUGGAGAUGACUAAUCAACACGAGCAGACAGCGGAUACAUAUUUGUACUCUUUUGGGUACUCUACACUGUCAGAGGGUGAGGAUGCGGAGGAAGUUCAAGGAAUCCACGGGGACGAGCUGCCGUAUGUGUUCGGGUCGCCUUUGGUCGACGGCCUGUCUCCGUUUCCCUCGGCAUAUACCAACACCGAGAGGAUGCUGAGUGAGGCGGUGAUGACGUACUGGACCAACUUUGCAAAAACAGGAAACCCCAAUCUUCCUAGAAACCAGACGUCAGUGCAUGGCGAUAAAAUCACAAACAGAUUUGUGGAUUUAAAAUGGCCCAGGUAUCUCAAAGACACACAGGAGUACCUACCUAUAGGCAGAAGACCUACAGUGCGCCAUCACUACAGAGCACAAAAGCUGGCGCUAUGGUUAGAUCUGAUUCCUAAAAUCAACAGGGACGACGGUUCGGACCCGGCGUUUCACCUACUGGACAACUACAACAACGCAUCCACUUUUGAUGACUUUCAACGCCUGAUCUUGGAUAACACCUACUCUUCGUCAUCUUCACUCCGACCUGGAAGGCCAGUUAUCCCUUAUUACCUUGAUAGUACAACGCAGAAUCCUUAUUACGGUGAAGUGACCGAGGAUGAGAAAGGAGAUAAAACAGAUGGUCUGCAAAAGCAUGGCCUUCACAACGGGUUAUUGUUUAACAAUGGAAGUAUUCACUGCCAUUCCGUUGACGACACCAGAUACCAUCAAACGGUGGAGACUCCAAACGCUGCUGGCAAAGGGGAUAUAACUUCAGGUGUGCCGUUAAGCAUCGUUAUAGCCAUUGGCGGUUCACUUCUGCUGAUUAAUAUCCUCAUUUUUGCUGGGUUGUGUUAUCAAAGGGAGCGAAUGCGAAAAAUGCGUGAAGCUAGCAAGCCAUUACCUCCCAGUGAGCUGGAUUUUGAAGAAGCCAGAUUUAGAAAAUUGGACUCCAAUCGAAGUUCUCCUUGUCCGACGGGUAUAGCAAGCACUGGGGGUGAGUGUUUGAGUUUGAUGUCAGGGGCAUCCAGCCACAAACACGCCUCGCCUGUAAAACAACACGUGAACUCACACGUACAUAUGCCUAGUCCUCAGCCUAGCUUGCACAGCAGGAGGGGACAUUCCCAAUCCAGGGCGACAACGCCUAUGGAAAGUGUCUCUUGCAGCUAUAGUCCAGUGCCGACUCACGCAUCCUCUCCUGUUCAUAGGACACACACGGGCGUAUCUCAGAGUGGGGUUACGCUAGGUCACAGAGGGGAGGCUAAUUUCACCAACAAAAUUCGCGCCCCUUCAGACGUUACUCACAAAUCCAGUGACAGUGGUGGAGGAGGAGGUCAUGUGUUAGGGGGUGGGGGUGUGAGCACAUUCGGAAUCGGCCAUCAGGCUGGGGGAAGCCAUGUUGGGACCCCUUCGGGUACUCCUAGCGGAAGUAGUAGUGGUGUCACGGGUAGCGUAAACACCCCUGUCAGCGGUGGUCCGACGGACAGCACUACGGAACCUGUGUACAAAACGAUCAACAAAUCCGGCCAAAAUAAUGCUGUAACCGUUGUUUAG